GCUUGACCUUGAUGGACCAUCCCUGCUUCACGGCCUCCAAUCUCUCACCGAUGAAUCACACCAAGAUCACGAGACUAUACCAUAUUCUGUCGCUGGAUGGAGAUCAGAUGGUUCCUAUUUAGAAUUUCCGUCGUUUUAGCAUGAUCCCCAACAGGCCCACGGAGGGAGACCAUCUAUGAGAAUAAUUGGGCUUGAAGGCCUCCCGCCGUUCCAGGGAAACCAGAGCUCAGCUGAAGAUCCGGCUGCUGCCCGAUCUAUAGCUAAAGGGUCACAAGAUGCAGCAGGGGGAAGGGUCGGAGACGCAGGUGACGUGGGAGGAUCAGCAGAACAUCAACAAGUUUGGGAGGCUGAACAAUCGCUUCCAUGAGCUCGAGGAUGAGAUCAAGGUCGCCAAGGAAGCAAAUGAAAGUUUGGAGGAUGCCAGCAAUGAAUUAAUUUUGUCUGAUGAGGAUAUGGUGAGGUUCCAAAUAGGCGAGGUCUUUGCUCACAUGCCUCGGGAAGAAGUUGAGGGCAGGUUGGAGAAGAUGAAGGAGGAUGCUAGCAAGGAACUGGAGAGGCUUGAAGAAGAAAAGGAAUCAGUACUCGCGCAGAUGGCUGAGCUCAAGAAGAUCUUGUAUGGAAAGUUCAAUGACUCCAUCAACUUGGAGGAAGACUGACUGGGGCUUUGCACUGCCCCUUGUUUAUGUGUUCUCCCUCUCCAUAGUCCUUAACAGUGUACUUUUAACAGGUCGCCACCUGUUUGCUAGAAGCUCAUUGGUCGGUAUUUUCUUAUUGUCUGAUGAACCUCUCAGUUCUAUAAAUUGGGCACCGUUGACCUUGUUAUUUUCUAUUUCAUGUUUAAAAAAAAAAUUGUUGUAUGGAUGUGCCCUGCUUUCCUUGGGGGCAUCGUUAAGUUACGUAGCAAUCUGGAAGUGAUUGUCUUUGUUGUCC